CAGGUAAGGGAAGGGAAGGGAAGUGAAGUGACAACGGAAGCAGAGGCAGCUGCUGUCAGAGAGAAGGUCUGAGUCUUUUGGCACUUAAUCAUACGUCUCUCGCUCGUCUGUUUCGUCUUCUCCCAAAACCGUAAACCUUUUUCUUGACAUUUUAUAGUGUAGACAUGGCUUUUGUCAAUAGAAUUAGCAAUGUGCUUAAACUGAGAGUGAGCAGGCAUAUGAAUUUGGAAUUAUCUGCUUCCAACUCGUCACUUUACCAGACUAUAAGAAGCAUGUCAUCUUCAAAGCUCUUUGUUGGAGGGCUUUCUUACAACACUGAUGAGACGAGUUUGAAGGAAGCCUUCUCUCAGCAUGGCGAAGUUGUUGAAGCUAGAAUUAUCAUGGAUCGUGACCAUGGAAACUCAAGAGGUUUUGGCUUUGUAACUUAUGCCUCUAGUGAGGAGGCUUCAGCAGCUAUUCAGGCAUUUGACGGCCAGGAUCUUCAUGGCCGACGGAUAAGGGUGAAUUAUGCAAAUGACAGGCCUCGGGCUCCAAGAUUUGAUGGUGGCUAUGGUUAUGGUGGCGGUGGCGGCUUUAACUAUGGUCGUGGAAAUGGUGGUUAUGGAGGCCCUGGAGGAUAUGCAAGUGGCGGUUAUGGAGGUGGUGGCCCAAGAGGUGGAUAUGAUAGUGGAAACUAUGGAAAUAGCAAUCAAUAUGCUAGUGGGGAUGGCAGGAUGGAUGGGUUCAGUGGCAGCAAUUACGGAAGUAGAGUUGGUGAUGGGAACGCUGGCAAUUUUGGUGCUAGUGGAGAUAGCCACUACUUGAGCAGUGAUUCAUCUAAUCAAGGUGGAUUUGCAAACUCUGGUUUUGAUGGAAAUGCCUCGCCAUAUGGACAAGCUCAGGAACAGUUGAGUGGCAAUCAAGGGGAAGCAGAUGCUCUUGACGAAGAUUUUGGCCAAGACACACUGAACGCAAACUACAAGGAUAAUGAUGAUGAUGAAGAUGAUUCCAAUGAUUACGUCAACACAAGGGGCUGAAAGUUCUCUUUUCCCCUAUCAAGAACCUGCUUGUACACAAAUCUAGUGCUCUAGGGCGAGGAAUUGAAGAGAUUAUCCAAAUAAAGUUUUAUGUUUCUAUGCUGUGUGUUAUGCAUGCAGAAGCUUUCUCGUGGUUUAUUAGCUGAAAGGCUGGACUCCUUUCUUUGGAAAGGGAAAGCGAGAAACCACACGGGAUUAAAGCAUUGAAUGCUGCAUGUGUUUUGUCCCAAGUAGGUUUAAUUUUCAAUUUUCUAAUUAGUGAUGGUCGAUGAAUCUUAUCCGAAACUUGUGAAGAUUUGUUUUGGAGGUGAUUCCCGUUGUCUCCUUUGCUGCUGUCCCCGUAUUGGUACAUAUGAACAAAGCCUUGCGCUAGUUCUUACCGUGAUUACUAUUGGUGUGAAAUGAUACCGGGAUAUCGUAGUUCUGCUGUGUAA